UAAAACUUGACAUAACAUGAGGAAGACUGUAAUUGAGCGCUCACACUAUCAUGGGGCGGGGCACCGGGCUUCAUAACUGCAACCGCCUGCUACUGCUGAUUCUCUGUGGGUUUGUCAAGGCGGCAGCAGAUGCGCCGUCCAGCCUGGGUUAAGUCCUCUAAGAAGCUACUAGUCCAAUUAUCGGAGGGGAGGCGGAAAUCCACGCAUGCAGGCUUAUUAAACCAACUCACCGCUCCUCUACUCGCCUCUGCGAUGGAUAAGAGCGCCGCCGCGGCGUACGAUGACGACCUGAGACGACAGCCCGCCAUCAGCAAACAAGUUGGACCAGGAGCAACACAGUAUCACCAAUGCGAUGCUGGUGUAUUUUGAGCGCUAGUAGUUACGGUUUUUGGCUCACACUAUAAGCCUUUAUAAGCUCCCCCUGGAGAGUGACUGAAAGGCCCUGGACAGAGCGUCUCUUGGCGACGACUUUCUUCGGACUGUUUGUGAAGCUGAUAAACAUGCAAACAUACGCUGAUGUGCUGCUUGUCACCGCAAAUGUCGGGUCACUCUUUGACAAUGUGGGUGAGAUUCAGAGUGAAUGGUUACAAGAACUGUAUAAGACUAUCCACAGCUACAAGCCGCAGUUCAUCGCCCUGCACUUCCAGGAGGUUGGAGGGAAGGACUACAUGGUCAACAUGGGCCACGCAGAAAAAUUCUUCUGGAGCAUUGAGUCCAGUGAGGAAAUGAAAGACUUUGACCGGGUCUGUAUCUAUGUGGACAACCAGUUCCAAGCAGAAGACAGCUUCACAGCUUUGGGGAGCAUAUACUUCAUCCACAAGACACUGAAAAACAUCUGCCAGUAUGAUUUCAAUGUUAAGGAUUUUAAAGCAGUGUCGGGGAAGAACAAGUAUGUGGGCUCUCUGAACGGGGUCACCACGGUGGAAAAAGAAAAAUUCCCAAAGAAUUUCUGGCCUGAUUUCAAGUGGUCCAGAAAGGGCUUCAUGAGGACUCGCUGGAUCAUACACAACCAAGGACUGGACCUGGUCAAUGUCCAUCUGUUCCAUGAUGCCUCCAACCUCAUUGCCUGCAACUCCAGUCCUUCCAUUUACUCAGCCAACCGCAAAAACGCUCUCAGAUAUGUCAUCAACAGGAUAUCAGACAAUCGCUACACUCCUUUGCCUUUCUUCCUGUUUGGAGACUUCAACUUCCGUUUGGACACACUAAGUCUGGUCCAGCAUCUGUCCACAGCGGCAGAUGUGCAGACAGUGAAGAAGGACAGCAGUAACGAAGUGGAGAAAAUCAUCUGCGAGGAAAAAGACAAUGACCACCAGGUGCUUCUGCAAAUUGAGGAGAAGAUCUUUGCCUACGUGCACCAGGCAGUAUUCAGGGAGGACAACGGCAAAGCACUUUUGAAAUAUGAUAAAGAAGUCACAGCCUUUCAUGAUGUUAUUAGAGAAGAGGAAAUCAAGUUUCCACCCAGCUACCCUUACAGUGAAGAGUACACUAAGCCAACCCAGUACAUGAACACUCGCUGUCCUGCCUGGUGUGAUCGUAUUCUUAUGUCACACACUGCCCAAGAAUUCAUCCACAAUAGUGAUGAUGAUGAGAAGAGCAUUGUUUACAACAAUGUGGGUCCAAAUGUCUGUAUGGGAGAUCAUAAGCCGGUUUUCUUGUUCUUCGCGCUGAAGACAAACGGCCAUUGACUUGGAUCCCUCUCAAUGGUGAGAGAACGUGCCAGUCUACCAGCACCAUCCUCAGAGCUCUGCAUCAGUAUCGGUACCAGCAUGAUGGUUACCCACCACAACCCACCUGUCAGCCAGCCACGAGGCUCGACUCAGCUCGUCCCUGCUGCUGCGAACACACCGCCCUCACAUCAUCUGCAGCCCGGGUGACUUCAACACAGAUUCAUCAGCAGCUGUCAUUUUCAGAUUCUUCUCACUCAUAGAUCUUAAAGCCCCCUGAUCUGAAAGCUCAGAAUGUUCCUGCCUGCAGUCGUGGAGAUUGUUUUUUUGAAUGGGACAAAACGAUGAUGUAAAGACUCAAGUGUGUGUCUUUUACAUGGAAGUGUGAAAACAUAAUGCAAAACAUUGUUACAUUUUGAUUAGAGUGAUUUGAGAUGUUGCAUUUUUUUUUAAAGUAUCAGACAAAUUCCAGCCAAGAUGUCACAAAUGUGUCCUCACUGGCUCCAAAUAAUUUAUGAAAUCCCUCCAGUCAGGCCACUUUGCAGGUUUUCAAUUAGAUAAGCAGGUGAAUUCAACCAGUCAGAGUCCAGUGUCAGUUAACCAUUACCUAAAUUUUAAGAGCAUUAGUGUCAUCAUGAUCCAUAGUGUAUGUAAAAACAAAAUAAUGAAAACUAAAAUUGGGAUCUUUAAAAUCAAGUGUUGGACAUCAGUCCUACUGACUAUGUGUGUUGUGCUUUGAUUUUGUAUUAAAUGGCAUUUUUAGUUCAGGUAUUUAUUUUUUUUAAAGGUGUUUACCAUCACUGUCAGCAGGAUUUUACAUCACAGUAGAGAAAUGCUGCUAAUUCAGUUUCCUGUUGACAUGUUUGGUCAGAUGUCCUCCAUAGAUAAAAACAUCUUUUAUGAAGGAUUUCCUACUGACGUGUUUCUGACGUUUCUCAUACAUGUAGCUACUUCCUCACAGCGGCUUUAUCUAUGUCCGAUGUGAGUCUUUCUUGAUCACAUAACAAAAUUAAUUUCAGAAAGUAUUUUGGUAAAUGUUUAUUAAGUUUUUUUUAGUAUCAGCAUUGUGUAAUAAUGACACUAGACAGUCAGAAAAAAGGCUAUAUACAACAACUAUAGCAGUUUUCAUGUGUUCAUGAACACUGUGGUAGGAGCUGAAUCAGUUAACAGAAUGUUUAUUUACAGUAACAUUAUUUGAGUACCAACCGUACAUUAAUACCAAGUGCUUUAUUCCACAAGCCACAGCUCAGCAGUUCUAAAUUUGUCGAUUUCAGCUCUCCUUACUCACUGAAAGUUUGUCUGUGCUGCAUGGCGUCUGUACAAAAUAUAUUUCCACCCUGUUCUGGUUGGCAUCUACCUUAUUUCAUUGCCAAAACAAUUAUAGUGUAGACCUCACAUGUUUACUUCUAACUGUAGUAAAGUUGUUCACAAAAUACCGUGUAUACCCACACACACCACAGAAGGCACUGUUUGCUUUUGGAUAUCAUUGUUUUUUUGUUUGUUUUUUGUUUGGUUGAUUCAUAGUCUUAUAGCGCCAGUGCUGUAAUAUACUUUUGAUGUGUUUGAUUUUUUUUUUUUGAUCUGGCUUUAAUAAUGACUAAUUGAAAUAAUUUGAAAUAUGUUUGUGGUUUGUUACAUGUUGUAUUUUAAUAUUUCUGAGUGUUUCGUGAAACUUCUUUUGUCUUACAUAACUUGGUGUUGCAGCACACUCCCUGUAUUCAUACAAAAAAUAUUUUUUCAUGCACAAAUUCUCAAAUAUUCACAUUAACUUGGACUGUCAGUCAUGUUUGUACAAUGGGACUGAAGGCUUGCCGUAACAAGAUUAACUUAACAAUAAAAAUCAAGACAGCUUGUAAGUCAUUAACUUUUUAGCAUGUGACAAUGUUGACUAGUCAUGGGAGUGGAGUUCGUUAUAAGGCCAGUAUUACCUUUAGAUUAACUCUGGUCAAACACUACAUAUUGCGAUAUUUCACUUUUGUAAAUAAAAUAUUACCCUCAUAAACA